AUGGCUUUGAGGGCAUGCCUCAGACAAAUAUUGGUCACACAGCACAUCAAAAAGGUGUUCAACAACAAAGAUGCCAAGGGGGACAAGGGCAAGUCCAAGGCUCAAGUACCAGAGGUUCCUGGUGAGGACAGCAAUGGUGAUGGGGCUGACAAUGAGGUGAUCAUUGUCAGCUUGGAUGACAUCCAAGUGACAGCUCGACCAAUUCUGCAGUUCUCGAAGAAGAAGGGCAUUGACUUGAUCACCGCAACUCUUACACUGGAGUCUGAAGACAGUCCAUGGUGCAACAUCCCUAUCAACUUCUGUGCUAAAUUAAGGGACUACUCCCUUCAUGAUGCAGAACAUCAUAUUGGAUGUGAAGUAUGGAUCAUCUCAGGUCUGAAUAAGGGAUACAGUGGGAUGCUGCGAUCAGUAGGCCAAACUUCAUGCACAGUUGCAAUCCAUUCCAGCACAAUGACAUUCAAAAAUACUGCAGUCAUCUCCAGCAUCACUCCACCUCUGCCACCAAGCGAAACUCCCUCAGUGGAUCCAGGUCCAAGCAACCCCUGGGUCACCACCCCCAAUGAUGUCAAUGUGCAAUGUUGCAGUGAGCAGGAGCAACAGAGCAUUGACUAUGGAUGCAUGUCCUGGCUCUUUGACAACAACUUCUGUAACUUCAGCAAGUGGCAUGUCUGCUUGAGAGUCAGGCUUGCCUACAAUUGUGGGACCCUGGGCAAAUCAUCUCCUUUUGGAGAAGCAUGGCAUGGCACCUCCUGGGCAUGUGUCAGCCACCAUGACCUCAAGCACUAUGUCACCUUUGUGAGCCAUGUUGAUAUGCCUCUGGACAUGAAAGUGACCAAAUGA